AUUUGUUUGCAAAUAAAUGCAAAUAAGGCGAGCUCUCUUAGGUCAAUCAGAGCGAUGUGGGGGGAAAAGGACCUCGGGGCAGGGAACCCCACUUCCACCUUCUGGCUCCUCCCCUUCUUGUCGGGCCAAUAGGAAGCCCUGUAUUGCCCGGCAAAUUUCGCCCGGGAAAUACAGACAAACACCCGGGUUCUUGACUGUUGGUGACUGAGGAGGCUCGGACUUUGCUCCACUACCGAAGCAAACCUCAACUUUAAUCUGUAAACAUGCCUGCAACCUCUGAAAUACACACCGAGGAGCUGCGCAGAGACGCCGCCUCUUGGACGGACGAGAAGCCAGCAACGGAGAAGGACGAGAAGAAGUUCGGCUUUCUGUGCGAUGAACGCGGAUAUUUGAGUCUAGCAGAGUACAUCAUGGAGCACGGCUGCAGGAAGGGAGACCGAACCGGGACAGGAGUCCUGUCUUUGUUCGGAGCUCAAGUCCGAUACAACCUACGAGACCAGUUCCCCUUGUUGACAACGAAGAGAGUUUUCUGGAAAGGUAUCCUGGAGGAGUUGCUGUGGUUUAUCAAGGGAUCAACAAAUGCCAAGGAGCUGUCAGAAAAAGGAGUGAAGAUCUGGGACGCCAACGGGUCCCGUGACUUCCUGGACAACUUGGGCUUCACAGAAAGGGAGGAGGGGGACCUGGGGCCUGUGUAUGGUUUCCAAUGGAGGCACUUCGGUGCAGAGUACAAGGACAUGCACACAGAUUACACAGGACAAGGUGUCGACCAGCUGCAAAACAUCAUUGACACCAUCAAGAAAAACCCGGAAGAUCGACGGAUCAUCAUGUGCGCCUGGAACCCCAAAGACCUCCCCUUAAUGGCACUGCCUCCCUGCCACGCCCUCUGUCAGUUCUACGUCUGUGACGGGGAGCUGUCCUGUCAGCUGUACCAGCGCUCCGCCGACAUGGGCCUGGGGGUGCCUUUCAACAUCGCCAGCUAUGCACUUCUCACCUACAUGAUUGCACACAUUACAGGACUCAAGCCCGGUGACUUUGUCCACACCCUGGGAGACGCUCAUGUCUACCUCAAUCACGUCGAACCUCUGAAAGUGCAGGUCCAGAGGGAGAUUCGCCCUUUUCCAACACUAAAAAUCAAGAGAAAAGUGGAAAGCAUCAAUGACUUCCAGGCGGAGGACUUUGAGAUCUGUGGCUACAACCCACACCCCACCAUAAAGAUGCAGAUGGCCGUGUGAGACCUGAAAUUGGCCGUGUGUGCCUUUUAAUUUUGAAAGACUGUAGUUCACACAAGGCUUUAUUUUGCCUAAUUUAGGGGAAAAAUGUUUUUUUUUUGUUCCUGAAGUUUUCUACUGUAUGUUUGUACUUGUCUAUUUUUUUCUUUCCUGUAUUUUAACUGAUAAAUUAUCUAAUUCUGUAAAACAUUUGUGAUCAACCUGAUAAGAAACAAACAAAUCAAAAGAACCCUCCAAAUUGUGCGUUUUACAAAGAUUUGGUGAUUUGAGAGAAAUUAUUUAGAGUGAAUAUUUAACAGUGAAAUGUUGAUAAUAAAGUCCUUAUUUGUUGA